AUGCCACUACCGGCUCCAGUUGAAAAGUUCAUCUCAGAUGUGGACAAGACUCUUCAUCAACCAAACAAGGCCACCAAUGUUCUGGAAACAUUGGAGAAGAAGACUGGUGUGAAACGUCUGCAUAUCGUUGGAGGUAAGUUAAUUUAUUAAUAUUUUUGUUGUUUAGAUACUAAUUUAGAGUUGAAUACACGGGCUGAAGAACUGAUAAUCAAAUAUCGUAUUUGUAGGUAUUGCCGCUAUUCAUGCUCUCUACUUAUUGUUCGGCCACUUCGCAGCUUUGGUCUGUAACUUCAUCGGCUUCUUGUACCCAGCUUACGUGUCCAUCACCGCCAUCGAAUCGAUCACCAAGGAAGAUGACACUCAGUGGUUGACCUACUGGGUCGUGUUCGCCUUGUGCAAUGUUCUGGAGUUCUUCUCCAACACGAUCACCUACUACUUCCCCUUCUACUGGCUGGUGAAGUGCGCCUUCCUCCUGUGGCUGUAUCUUCCCAUGACAUUGGGAGCUCAACAAUUAUAUCAACGUUUCAUCCGCCCGUUCCACCAGAAGCACCACUCCAACAUCGACUCUGCCUUGAAGAACGCCGGGGAUCACGCCCGUGAAGCUUACAACGAGCACUUCAAGCCUCAGUAG